AUGCGCGGGGCGGGAGCGCAGACGGAUGCGCGGGGGAUGCGGAGGAGCUCGGAGGAGCUCGGAGGAGAGAGAAGGAGAGCGGAGGAGGGCUCAGCACAGCCCCGCCCGGCGCGGCCCCGCCCGGCGCUGCUCGCCCUCCGCGGGGGCGGCCAGAGCCGGGCGCUGCGGGCAGCAGGGACCGCUCCGCUCCGCACCGCCCCGCACCGCAGCCAUGGCCCCGGGCUCGCCCGCCGCUCGCCGCCGCGCCGCGCCGCGCCUGCUGGCCGCGCUCCUGGACGGACGGUCCGGAGCGCCGGGGAUAAGUCACUUGGCCAAGGUGACUUCGCAGCCGAGCCCCAGCUCCGAAGUCCCGGCUCCAGCCCCUGCCCUGCCCGCACCGGCGCUCCCGUCGCCAGCGCUUCUCCUGCGAGCACUGCGGCUGCACCCCGCUUUGCCCCGCUCCUGCGCUGCCCGGCCAGCGGGGACCGCGCUGCCUGCCUGCCCGGGACCGGGGGAUGGCCGCGGGGAGGCCGUGCACUGCUUCAGCGCCAGCACGCCCGCCGACAGGUCAUUGUCUUACAGUUCAUUCGAAAAGCCUUGGCCUCACUCUCUGCUCCCCUCUCCCUGCCAGGUUUGCACAUCUUUGCCAUCGCCUUCGCCUUGGAGGUGUCGGUGGGGAAGACCAGCACGGUGAUGGCUCUGAAUAACUCCAAUAUCCUGCUGCCCUGUACCUUCACCACCUGCAUAGGCUUCCAGGACCUGGUCUUCACAUGGUAUUUCAACUCGACAGAGCUGAUUUACCAUGGCAAGAUAAAGAACAAAGCCACGGAGCCCACCCUCAUCUGGCACAACCCUCGGGUGGAGUUUGUCGGCUCCACCACCAAGAAGGACAACAACAUCUCCAUCGUGCUGAACAACGUGGAGUUCAGUGAUGCUGGCAAGUACACCUGCCACGUCAAGAACCCCAAGGAGAGGAACGCCCAGCACAACGCCACCAUCAUCCUCACCGUGGUCCAUAAGAUGGUGGAGACAGACAACACUGUGACACUCAUCAUCGUGGGUGUGGUGGGGGGGCUCAUCGGCCUCCUCAUCCUCUUCAUGCUCAUCAAGAGGGUGGUCCUGUUCAUCAUCAAGAAGACGCAGGACGGGAAGAAGGAGUGUCUGGUGAGCUCGUCAGGGAACGACAACACCGAGAACGGCCUGGCCGGCUCCAAGGCGGAACAAAAAGCACCACCAAAGGCAUGAACGAAGCAGCGGCGCCCCGCGCCCGCCCCGCUCCGCCGCGGGAGCCCGGGCACGGGACGAGCCUUCCCCUUUUGUUUUCUUUCCGAACUGCCAGCGCUUGAGACAUGUUUCUAUUACACACGUGCCUGCAACCUGCACUGCUUCUCGGAGAAGGCUGCGGCUGCCGGGGGGACUGGGAGCUUGUCGCGGACUCGGGCUGGGAGGCUGCUGCGGCGGAGGGAGCGCCGGCUCCGCUCUGAGCGCGGUGCCGGGCAGGCAGGGCAGGGGGCCGG